AUGGAUUCUUCUUCUUCUUCUCCUUCUCCUUCUCCUUCUCCUUCUCUCUCUCCCAAAGCAAACUCAAACUCGCCUGCCGUAUCCCCACACAGUACGGAAUCCACCACCGCCCAUACCAACCUUCCAAACCAACGUGGGAAACCUAUCGCUUGCUUGUUUGUCGGCAGCUUGAAUUCUUCCCUCUCCGAGUCUCAACUCACCGUCUCUGUCAAAAAUUACUUUCAAAAAUGGGGUCCCUUGCUUCAUGUCAAGGUCCUCAAAGAUUGGCUUCAACGUUCCUACUCCUUUGUUCAAUUCGCCAGCGUCGACGACGCUUCCACUGCCUUAAAAGAAGCUCAAAAUGCUUUGCUCGAUGAUCGCCGAAUCCGUAUCGAACGCGCCAAAGUCAACCGUACCAUCUACUUGGCCCACCCCUCCCAUCUAUCCAAUUUUUCUUUCUCGGAUAUUCACCAGCUCCUCGAACCCUAUGGCCUCAUCGAAGAGCUCGUCAAAACAAAAGAUUCCUCUGGUUACUUGGUUCGGUUUGUCUAUCGAGACGAUGCCAUCUCGGCCUUUGUAAGCCUACGCAACUCUCCCUACAAAGUCGUUUGGGCCGAAAACGUCUCUACCAAAUCUGUCUUUCGAAAAAAAAUCCCCAAUUCCUCCUUCCAUAAUCCUCCCCACGGCCGCCCUUCUAAAUCUUCUUCUUCCCGUUCUAGCUCAUUCGUUGCACAAAGUUCCCAAAGGAAUCCUCUCACUCUCAAAUCUUUCCACAACCACUCCGCUCCUCUCUCCUCCAAUCUCCCUUCUUUGGCUCCUUCUACCCCCAUCUCGCCUUCUCUCGCUACUCCUACCUCUGCCACUAAAUACGACGAUUCUAGCGACAUGUCUACCCCAAAUAAAUCCAUCAGCUCUUCCUACACCAGCCCUUACUCUCAUUCCAAGUUUACAAACAAAUCUCCAACUAUUUCCAACCCCUCUCUUCCUUCCCCCAAGUUUCCUCCUUCCUAUCUUCCCUCCACCCAUCCAUACUGCCAACCCCUCAUGCCUUUUGUCGACCCAUUCUCCAUUUUCGUCGAUCAUUUGGACUCUAAAAGCUGUACUCAAAACUCUCUCGCCGAACUUUUCUCGGAGUAUGGUAACGUUUUGGAUUGCAAAUUCAUCCGUCAGUCCAAUAAACCUGCCUUUGCUUUUUUGCAAUUCGAUUCCCAACAAGCUGCUUUCAACGCCGUUUACCAUAAACCUCAACCCUUCUUCCAAAAGAAACCUCUGCGUGUCAAGUUUCGAGUUCUUCCCCGUUCUGCUUACCCUGUUUCUUCUUAUCAGUAUCCAAUGGUUCCUCCUUCGUUUCUCCCUUCUUCAAAUGCCAUCUUUCCUACUGUAAACUCGGCGAAUCAUUCCUCUAUGCCUUAUCCUUGUCACCCAUCCAUGGCAUCUCUAAGUCCUCCUACCACUUUCGGUUUCCAGCCGGACAUAAUGCAACCUAUAUACCCAUUUUAUCCUUAUCCCGACUUCUGUUAUACUCCUGGAAACCUAUAUUAUUAUGGAGCUUCUCCUCCUUCUCACACCGUUGGCUCUGAUUAA